ACAGAUACUUGUAAGGAGGAGAGAAGUCAACCUGGCAGAGACACUCUGAAAUGAGGGAUUAGAGGCCAAGAUCCAAGGAGCAAGAGCUGCAGCCAGAAGACAAAGGAGCACGCCCUGAAGACACUUCUACUGAGAGGUCUGCCAUGGCCUCGCUUGGCCUCCAACUUGUGGGCUAUAUCCUGGGUGUUCUGGGACUGUUGGGCACCGUGAUUGCCAUGCUGCUCCCCAGCUGGCGAACGAGUUCUUAUGUGGGGGCCAGCAUUGUGACGGCAGUUGGCUUCUCCAAGGGUCUUUGGAUGGAGUGUGCCACGCACAGCACAGGCGUCACCCAGUGUGACAUCUACAGCACCCUUCUAGGCCUGCCCGCCGACAUCCAGGCUGCCCAGGCCAUGAUGGUGACCUCCAGUGCAAUCUCCUCACUGGCCUGCAUUAUCACUGUGGUGGGCAUGAGAUGCACAGUCUUCUGCCAGGAGUCCCGAGCCAAAGACAGAGUGGCGGUAGUGGGUGGAGUAUUCUUCAUUCUUGGUGGCCUCCUUGGCUUCAUCCCUGUCACCUGGAAUCUUCAUGGGAUCCUGCGGGACUUCUACUCCCCAUUGGUGCCUGACAGCAUGAAAUUCGAGAUCGGAGAGGCUCUCUACUUGGGCAUUACUUCCUCCCUAUUCUCCCUGGUAGCUGGAAUCAUCCUCUGCUUUUCCUGUCCAUCCCAGGGAAACCGCUCCAACUACUACGAUGCCUACCAGGCCCAGCCCCUCGCCACCAGGAGCUCUCCAAGGCCUGGUCAACAACCCAAAAUCAAGAGUGGGUUCAACUCCUACAGUCUGACAGGGUAUGUGUGAAGAGCCAGGGGCCAGAGCUGGGGGGUGGUUGGGUCUGUAAAAAUCAGUGGACUGCCCCCCCACCCCAGGACUAAAGGUGAGGGACAUUGCCACUGGAUCUUGUCAGAAGGUGUUGCUGAGGAUAGACUGACUUUGGCCAUUGGAUCAAAUGAAGGCAGAGCUGGUGUAACAGCGUGCAGGUUGAAUUGUCAAGGAUCAUUGCCAAGCCAGCCUUUCUGUUUCCCUCACCUUGCCCCCCACCUGCUGAGUCCCCAACCCUCAAUUCCAAAUCCAACCCCCUUCCCUUGGCCAUGCCUCAGAGGCUCCUCUCUGCCCUUUUUGUUUACCUGGGAAUCCAUCCCAAAACCCAUGAAUCACAUCCCACUGACUGACAGUCUCUGUGAUCAGGGACCCUCCCUCUGGCUAAGGUUGGCUCUUAAGCUCAUUGCUAGGGAUUAGGGGGAAGAAAGAGUGAUGGCUUUAAGGGUAUGGCUCUAACCACCUUCUUAAGCCUCCUUCCAAAGAAACUGAUUGGCCAGUAAUGGGCUCUGGAGCCUCCUUCCCCCUCCUGUUAUGACUCCCCAGUGUCCAAGACUGGUUUGUGCAUGAAUUGAAAUAAAGCCGUCCCAUGGUAUCCAGGGAAAGGAGAGCAAAUAAGCACAGGAUGAGAGCUAGAGAAGGCAGCCUGGGACCAAAAAAAGACCAGCACAACUGUCCGAGGCAUUUUCCAGAACUCCCUCACACUUCUAGGUCAGAGAUCAGACCUAGGCUGAUGGCUAGAGGAAAGCCCAAGGGAAGAAGAUAUGGUGGAAAGCAACAGGCAGCAGCAGACUCUGACUCCACUGAGGAACUGCCUCAGAAGCCACAGCCUCAACUUUGACUGAAGGUCCUGCCUUCCUCGGUGGCACCUGAACUGAUCUCCUGCCUAAAUGACAAGGCUAAGGAAGGGCCCUAGACAUUGGUUUCCUUAGGAACAGGAAGCCAGUUUUUGCUAGAGAUGCCCCUUGACUGGGGGUUGACCAUGUGGGAGCUAUGAGGGGCUGAGGAAGAUACUACUCCUUCUCAACACUGACUGAGAAAGAAUAAGAACUUUGGUAUCUAAGAAGCUGAAUGGACAUGUGUGGUGGCUCCAGUGGGUAUUUGUGCUGGGCCAGAGAGAGGCAGCUUCCCAGAGAGUCUCUAGGCCUCAUGGAAAAUCAGCUCAAAGGCUGAGGUCAGGCCCCUUGGAGUCUACCCACAGAGCACUACAGAGCCUCUGAGAAACUAUAGUAGCAUCAGGCCCCCUGUCACCCUUCACAUUCCCCCACCCCUUCACCAGACCUUCCAGUGUUGCUAGAGGACAUCUGAGGGCUCUGACAUGGAAUAUCCAUGCCCAAGGUGCUGGGCUCGUGAUCUGACUGACAAAUGAUCUGUUGCCUGGGACUACAGUUGAGGUGGGAGAGUAGAAAAUGGUUCCCAGGCACAGUUCCAGCUCCAAGGUCUGAAAAUGCUCCGUUUCUCCUGGGGUAGGAGUUGAGGUAAUAAACAAACCAAAGGCAUUUUUUCCUCACUAGCCUAAGCAUGACCAGCUUUUGAAAAACUCCAGUACCCCGCCUCAAACUUCAGUGCCAACAGAAGGGGUCCAUUCAUUAUGACUAACAUUUCUUUCACCUUUCUACCUUCUUGCUUGUGUUCAAGCUGUUCUCCCAACCUGGAAGGCCCUCUCUCCUUAGCCAAGUCCUCACAUGCUUGGAGAACUUGCUCAGCACCACCUCCUUCAUUGAGCCUUCUCUGACCACUCCAACCCUCCUCCAGCCCUCAAUGUAUGAAUUGCUUAUUUAAUGCUUAUCAUUCACAAUUUUUGAUUGAUAGUUUUCUUUUCAUGUGUGUCUGUCUGAUCUCACAAGUACACUGUAAACUCUGGGAGGGUGGGGGGCCAUGUGUUAGACCUCCCUGCACCCUCUCCCCAGACUAUCUGUAGUUGGGUAUACAGUAAGUGAUCAAUAAACACUUGUUGA